AUGGACUUUGCUGGUAUCUCCCGUGGAUCCAUCCGUGAUCAGGCGUUGCGCAAGUUGGCCGAACUCACAGUCAACUAUGAUGCGUCCACGCUUAAAGAAAUCAGUCCACGGAUCUCCAAGCCUGAUUUCCUGAAAUUGUUAAGUUCAACACCCAAGGAGUAUUCCAAGAACAAGAGCAUGUCCCAUGUCGCAAUCUCCCUCAAGGAGUACCAGGUACUUUUAUCGCUCUGUGAAUCAACCGGCUUGGCAUUCAAAUCAAAGGACCAGUGCAAGGAGCUUAUUGACAAGUUUAAAGCCUAUUUGCUUGAAUUACCCGACCAGCAAUUCGCAUACAAUAUCUUAUCCCAGGCCGUGACUAUAUCCCCCUGGGCGUUGCUUGGUGAGAAAUUGACCAUGGCGUUGAUCAAUCUCGGGUUCAUGUAUGGUGAAUUGUACAUGGAAGACGUGAUUGACAUUUUCCACGAGUUUAUUGAAGGGUUCUUCUAUACGGCUGAACCACAACUCUCCAACUUUCUCUCAUUACUGGGGGUGUUGCAAGGGUUGGCCACCAAUGCCAGGUUCUUGACGGUGUCCCCUCGAGCAUUCAAGGUGUUUACCAUGUUGGACUCGGCUAUUGACAGUGAAGAGUUUUUGACAGACGUUGAAAGCUAUUGUGAAGAGCUUGCCGAAGAACCUCCCCAAGAGUACGACACGGUGUUGAAUCGCGACUACUUUGUCAACUUCUCCCCCAUUAUGUAUUUGGAAUUGUUGGCUAAGAUCAUGUGCCAAAUCAUCAAUGCCAUUAUUGAAAACAAAAACAACUCCUUAUUGCACUGCAUCUUGAGUAAAGUUGCUUCCAAGUAUGACGACGUUGAUGAACUGUCGAAUGGAACCUUAUUUACUCCUAAUUUGAACUUUUCCAGAUAUCAAAUGAACAUCAUCAAGACCCUUUCCGAUUUGGCAUUGCAGAAGUUGGAAUUCUUAGACCGGGGUGAACCAUACAUUGUGUACUCGUCGUUUAAAAGAUUGAAGUUGGGUUAUUUGGCUAAAAGUCACAAUCUUCAGGUGUUGUCCUGUGGGACAUUUACCGACAAUUGGGAUCUCAAGACUCUGAAACGGUUGUUUAGAACUUGCAUCAGCAUCAAAGAAGUGAUGCUUGAUCUGGACUUGGGACUUACAGUGUUUGAAUUUGGUAGCUUGCUCGUGUUUAAAGAUGCCACUGUGGGUCCAUUAUUAACUCGAGCAUUCAGUUCGGUUAUGGCUAACCCAAGAUUGGAUCCAAGUUAUUGUUUGCAAGCCAGUAAGAGUGUCGGUUUGUGCAGUAAAGUAUUGUCUCAAGAUGCUGUAGUUACUACCAUUUACUCGUUGACCAAUCUUUUAUUUGUUGGUUAUGACGGGUUUGAUGCCAAGAGAAAGACCAGAGCUUCUCAUAACAGUACAAUCUACAGCGGAACACCUAAUGGAUAUAUUGAUGAUUUGCAAUUGCCUUCACCUGCACACUCGGAAAUCUCCAGUUUCCUGUUGAACAGAUCAGUUGAAUUUGACGAACAUGACUACAGAAAAGUAUGUGAGAAUGCCAUCACCGCCAUCAUUGAAGUUUGCCAAGAGUGUAACGAUGAAACCAUUCCUUCAUUGGCCUGUACCAUUCUUUCCCAGAAGAUCUCCAAGAUUGAAUCACCAAUAGGUACGCUUAUUCUUCGUGGAUUAACCUCAUGUGCCCCAUUCUCGCAACGUGAAUUCAUCAACACCGUUCGUUUACUCAAUCGACUCAGUUUGGACGCUUUGGAACACCGCAAGACUACCUUGUUGUCUAAUUUGCAAGAGGCGCAGAUUUCCUUGGCCCGUAAGUUGAAGGUGCAAUACUUGAACCACCAGCUGGACUUGUACAUGACGUACUUGGACGAGAUGUUAACAGCCAUAAUCAACAAGGGUGAUGUACAGCAAUUGGAACAUCAUCGACCACAUACCGAGAUCCGAGAAAUUGGGGACCAGAUUGCCAUCUACUUGAAACCAUUGGCGGAAAUGUUGCCCGAUGUGACUAAAUCGGAAGAGCCAUUGAAGAUCACCAGCACCCAUACCAUUGACUUGUUUAGAAACAUCUGGUUCAACAUGGUUGUUCACGGGUACAACAUCACCUCCAAAAAUUGCCAAGAUAACAUCAAAGAGUUGGAACGGAUAGCAUACAACACUCCACCAUUAGCCUCGGAACUUUCUUGGGACAAGACUGAAACUAGUUUGGACUUGAACACCGUGCUUAGAAGAGGAUCCAGUAACCAUAACGUGAAAGACCAUAGACAGAUCCUUGGAAAGAUCUUUGAAAUCCAUAGAACCAUGUCGUACCCUAAGCUCAUGUUCUUGGCUGCUACCGUGUUUGUCGAAUCGCUUAGAGUAAGAAGUGGUGAUUGCUCAACCAUAUUGCUUUAUUUCCUGGACCCCAGUGUCAAAACCAGUGGUGCCGACAAGUACAUUUCCCAAAUUGCAUUCCAGAUCGUAAAGGAUUACAUCCAAUUGAUCAACACUGGUGCCAACAAACAGUUUAGUUCCGAUUAUAUUGCUGAGCAGCUCACGAAUAUGCUUGUGUUGUGCAGCCACCCCAUUGAGGACUUGCAAGAUUGUGCCGUGCAAUGCUGUGAUUUGUUGAUUAAUAAAGUCAGUAGUGCUCUUUGUCACAAGCGCAGUUUGUUUAGUUUGUUUGACUUGCUCACUUUGUUGUUUGACAGUUUGAUGGAUGCAGACACCCACCAGUAUGAACCCACCACGACAUUUAUUGCCAAGUGUACCGGUAUUAAGUUGUUAUUGUCGGAUGACUAUCAAUGGAGAAGUGCUACAUUUAAGAGAUUCCACGAUAAGCUGAAGUACUGGAUGAAGUUGCUUCUCUACAAGUGUAACAUCGAUGUUAAAUCGUUGAUUCAGUCAUAUGUGUCGUCGACUCAGGAAAAGGAGGUGGAAUUUGAAUCAAAGAUUCAGUUUGGGGUGUCGUUUGCCCUUGAAAUGGCCGGAAGUAUAUCCAGUCAUGAUCGUGAAUUGUCGUCGAUUUCCUUGUACAAUUCUGCCAAUUUGGACACAUUACCUACUAUCGUCUCUCAGUUAUCCUGGCGUAACCAUUUUAUUGCUGAGAUCAUCAAUAAGCAACCACUUAGAACCGAGGAAGAAACUAAUAAGGCGUUCCGGGAAAUCAGAGAUCGUGUAUAUGAUGCAAGAAACACCAUGUCUGAGCAAACCAAUGACAAAAUCAUUUCAUUGCUCGUGGAAAUCGCAGGCUUGGUCUUGUUUAACGAUUCAAACCACGGUGAACUCAUUAGAUACAUCGUUGAGCUUCCCUUUGCUAAAUUUGAUAAAAAGUCCAUGAAUGUCGCUACUGCUAUCUGGUUUGUGGUUAUGAAGGACAAACCUAAUUUGUCUACGUUAUUGCUCUCAGAAAUCGCCAAGAAAUGGGAGGAAUCAAUCGACUUAUCCCAGGGGAUGUUUUCACAACAGCACGACAUUGACAACCCGGAAUUCAACAAGAUGGAGUAUGCUCCUACAAAUAGUCCACGUGUGUACAAAUUAGCUGACCAGACCAACGCCAGCUUCCAACCCCAUUUGGAGAUCAUCAAGUUGUUUAGAUCCAAUUUCGAAGCUACCCUUAACCAAAGUGAUCAUUUGUUGAAAGUGUUUACCCGGUUUGUUGAGUAUGGUUUACGCAGAAUGAAUGUGGCCAGCUACCACCCUUUGGCAAGAUUGCCCCGGUUUGAAUUGAUUAGAUUUGCUUUUGACGUGUUGAACUACCACAAGAAGUUGGGCAGUCGUCUGAGUUGUUCCCUUACGGAACUCAUUCUUGAUGCUGGAUUGAGUUGGUUUAGACAGAGAAGUCAGUAUCCAUUUGGCCGGGAUGCACUUCGUUUCGAAAGUGUGUUUUCGUUGUUGAAAGACGUUGCUAGAUUGACGGAUCAUUUGAAGUGUAGUAGUUCCCAGGUUAUGAAACAGCAGAUUUUGCUUUAUUUCCUUGAUGAUGAGGUGUCCAAGUUUAAUGUCUGGUUGAACUGCUUGAACCCACGGGAUACCAGAGGUACAUAUAUUGACGAUCCAAUUCAAAACACCCACAUCACCAAGGCCUACGAGUUUGAUCCAAUCCUUGCUGUCAAUCUUUCGCUUCGUUAUAAAAUCAAGAACUUAGAUGAACAGCUCCAGAAAUUAAUCACGGAUAAUCCACUUCCUGCUAUUCACUACCCUGACGCUGUGCAAUAUUUCAUUGGUAUUAAUGCCGGUACGGCUAUGCCCUCACACCAUUUGUUAUUCUGGGCCAAGCUUUGUCCAAUUGACGCCAUCACGUUGUUUCUUCCACCAUUUGGGUCCAACCCUUAUGUCCUUCAAUUCACUAUGAGAAGUUUGGAAUACCACGAUGUCAAUGUUACCUUCUUUUACGUGCCGCAAAUUGUGCAAUCGCUACGCUUUGACGCCAAGGGAUACGUGGAAAGAUUCAUAUUGGAAACCGCCAAAGUGUCGCAGUUAUUUGCUCAUCAGAUCAUCUGGAAUAUGCUUGCCAACAGCUUCAAAGAUGAUGAGAGUACAGUGCCAGACGAUUUGAAGCCCACCCUUGACAAAAUCCAGCGCGAGAUGAUUUCCAGUUUCUCCGCUACCGACAGAGUCUUUUACGAGAAAGAGUUUGGGUUCUUUAAUCAAGUCACUGGUAUUUCUGGUAAGCUUAAGCCGUAUAUUAAGAAAUCCAAGGCGGAGAAGAAGGAGAAGAUUGAUGAGGAAAUGGCUUUGAUUCAAUUGGAGCAAGGUGUGUACUUGCCCUCCAAUCCCGAUGGUGUCGUCGUUGAUAUAAACAGAAAGUCAGGUAAACCAUUGCAAUCGCAUGCCAAGGCACCAUUUUUAGCUACAUUCAAGAUUGAGAAGGAGGACGAGGACCACAAUAUAAUCACCAAAUGGCAAAGUGCGAUUUUCAAAGUCGGUGAUGAUUGUCGUCAGGAUGUGCUUGCACUUCAGUUGAUUUCGAUGUUUAGGACUAUAUGGAGUGAUGCUGGUUUGGAUUUGUACGUGUUCCCUUACCGAGUUACUGCUACUGCUCCUGGAUGUGGGGUCAUUGACGUGUUGCCUAAUGCUACUUCGCGAGACAUGCUUGGUCGUGAGGCUGUCAAUGGAUUGUAUGAGUACUUCAUUACCAAAUUUGGCGGCGAGAACUCAAUUGAGUUCCAAAAGGCGCGAAACAACUUGGUGAAGUCUCUCGCGGCAUACUCGGUCAUUUCAUACUUGCUCCAGUUCAAGGACAGACACAAUGGUAAUAUAAUGUAUAGUGAAGAAGGUCACGUUUUGCACAUUGAUUUUGGGUUCUGUUUUGAUAUUGUCCCAGGUGGUGUUAAGUUCGAAGUUGCUCCGUUUAAACUUACACGUGAAAUGAUUAAUGUGUUGGGUGGUAGUGAUACCAAUACCCAGGCAUUCAGAUGGUUUGAAGAGUUGUGUGUCAAGGGGUUCUUGGCCUGUCGUCCAUACAUGGAGACUAUUGUGAGAACAGUGACACCCAUGUUGGAGAGUGGAUUGCCAUGUUUUAAAGAUACUACUAUUAAGAACUUGAGAAGUAGGUUUGUUCCUGGUAAGCUGGAAAUGGAAGCGCUGGCCCAUUUUAGAAAGUUGGUUAAGAAAGCAAUGGAGAGUUUCUACACUAAAGGGUACGACGAGUUCCAAAGAUUGACCAACGGUAUUCCUUAUUAG